AUGAUUAAUUCAAUGUUAAUAAUGAUUAUUGUAUCUUUGAAUAUAUACAUCAAAUGUACUCCUAUAUCAAAUAAUAUAUGGACAUUGAAACAAAAUACCGGUUCAUUUCAAUCACAAGAUCAAGUACAAACAUUUAAUACAAGUGGAUAUUCAAUUCAAAAACAAAGUCAAACACAAUCAUUUAUUAACCCAUAUAACAAUGGACAACAAAUUAUUCAGCAGCAAAUUCAACAACAAAAUCAACAAUUCAAUUCAAUUCAAUCACAAGCUCAACAUCAAUCGAUAAAUUCUGGAAACUUGCAACCAAUAAAUACAUUACCAAUGAUUAAUCAACCAAACCAAAAUGAUGGUUUACAAAUUCCCAUUGAUCAAACACAACAACCAUUCGAUUCACAGAUAUAUAAUCAACCAGAAUUACCUAGUCAGUCACAAAAUGACGUUGGUCAUUCAAUACCUGAUCAUCAUCAACAACAAGAAGAACAAUCAACAGAAAUACCUCAAGAAUAUCAGGAUAGUGAAAUACAACGAACACAAAGAAUUCAGAAUGAAACAAAUUCUCAACAACUCGAUUCAUCGCCACAAUCCGAUCAGUCACAAUCCAAUGUUGAUGGUUUGACAUUGGUACAACCACCAUUAUCUGAACAGUUUCGAGCAAUACAGAAUGGUGAAAAUCAAUCAUCACAACAGUCACAGCCUGGAAUCGACUCACAACGUCAACCCGAUUCAUCGCCACAAUCCGAUCAGUCACAAUCCAAUGUUGAUGGUUUGACAUUGGUACAACCACCAUUAUCUGAACAGUUUCGAGCAAUACAGAAUGGUGAAAAUCAAUCAUCACAACAGUCACAGCCUGGAAUCGACUCACAACGUCAAUCCGAUUCAUCGCCACAAUCCGAUCAGUCACAAUCCAAUGUUGAUGGUUUGAUGUUGGUACAACCACCAUUAUCUGAACAGUUUCGAGCAAUACAGAAUGGUGAAAAUCAAUCAUCACAACAGUCACAGCCUGGAAUCGACUCACAACGUCAACCCGAUUCAUCGCCACAAUCCGAUCAGUCACAAUCCAAUGUUGAUGGUUUGACAUUGGUACAACCACCAUUAUCUGAACAGUUUCGAGCAAUACAGAAUGGUGAAAAUCAAUCAUCACAACAGUCACAGCCUGGAAUCGACUCACAACGUCAACCCGAUUCAUCGCCACAAUCCGAUCAGUCACAAUCCAAUGUUGAUGGUUUGAUGUUGGUACAACCACCAUUAUCUGAACAGUUUCGAGCAAUACAGAAUGGUGAAAAUCAAUCAUCACAACAGUCACAGCCUGGAAUCGACUCACAACGUCAAUCCGAUUCAUCGCCACAAUCCGAUCAGUCACAAUCCAAUGUUGAUGGUUUGAUGUUGGUACAACCACCAUUAUCUGAACAGUUUCGAGCAAUACAGAAUGGUGAAAAUCAAUCAUCACAACAGUCACAGCCUGGAAUCGACUCACAACGUCAACCCGAUUCAUCGCCACAAUCCGAUCAGUCACAAUCCAAUGUUGAUGGUUUGACAUUGGUACAACCACCAUUAUCUGAACAGUUUCGAGCAAUACAGAAUGGUGAAAAUCAAUCAUCACAACAGUCACAGCCUGGAAUCGACUCACAACGUCAACCCGAUUCAUCGCCACAAUCCGAUCAGUCACAAUCCAAUGUUGAUGGUUUGAUGUUGGUACAACCACCAUUAUCUGAACAGUUUCGAGCAAUACAGAAUGGUGAAAAUCAAUCAUCACAACAGUCACAGCCUGGAAUCGACUCACAACGUCAAUCCGAUUCAUCGCCACAAUCCGAUCAGUCACAAUCCAAUGUUGAUGGUUUGAUGUUGGUACAACCACCAUUAUCUGAACAGUUUCGAGCAAUACAGAAUGGUGAAAAUCAAUCAUCACAACAGUCACAGCCUGGAAUCGACUCACAACGUCAACCCGAUUCAUCGCCACAAUCCGAUCAGUCACAAUCCAAUGUUGAUGGUUUGACAUUGGUACAACCACCAUUAUCUGAACAGUUUCGAGCAAUACAGAAUGGUGAAAAUCAAUCAUCACAACAGUCACAGCCUGGAAUCGACUCACAACGUCAACCCGAUUCAUCGCCACAAUCCGAUCAGUCACAAUCCAAUGUUGAUGGUUUGAUGUUGGUACAACCACCAUUAUCUGAACAGUUUCGAGCAAUACAGAAUGGUGAAAAUCAAUCAUCACAACAGUCACAGCCUGGAAUCGACUCACAACGUCAAUCCGAUUCAUCGCCACAAUCCGAUCAGUCACAAUCCAAUGUUGAUGGUUUGAUGUUGGUACAACCACAAUCGUCUGAUCUGUUCCAAGUAUCCGAUUCACUGAUUCCUAAUGUGUCAAAUCCAAUAGUUGAGCAGCAUUCGGAAUUUGACAAUUCAUUCUCUAGUGAACCGACACAGUCACUCGAAUCUCAUCUAUCUCCAGAUUCUCCAUUAUCCGAUCAACAGCAUCAGUGA